CUCACAGAACACAGAGGAGAGGAAGUCUAUGGAUGUGAGCAGUGUGGAAAACCAUUCUAUGAAAAGUCAAAGCUAACCAAACAUCAAAGAAUCCAUACAAGGGAGAAACCCUAUGAAUGUAAUGAAUGUGAGAAAUGUUUUUCUAGGAAAUCUCCCCUCACUUUGCAUCAGAGAGUCCACACAGGAGAGAAACCCUAUAAAUGUAAGGAAUGUGGGAAAUGCUUUUCUAGGAAUUCACACCUCGUAUUACAUCAGAUAACUCACACAGGAGAGAAACCCUAUAAAUGUAAGGAAUAUAGAAAAAGUUUCUUUCAUAAGUCAUAUCUUACAGUACAUCAGAGAAUUCACAUGGGGAAACCCUACGAAUGUAAUCAGUGUGGAAAAACCUUCAUAAGCAACUCUGUCCUCAUAAUACAUCAUAAAACACACACAGGUGAGAAACCCUGUGAAUGUAAUGAAUGUGGGAAAUCUUUCUCUAGGAGUUCAUAUCUUAUAAUACAUCAGAGAACUCACACAGGCGAGAAACCCUAUGAAUGUAAGAUACGUGGCAAAACCUUUUGCCACAAGUCUGAUGUCACUAAACAUCAGAAGACUCACAUAGGGGGAAAACGCUAUGAAUGUAUUCAGUGUGGGAAAACUUUUAGUCAUAACUCAGGCCUAAAAGUACAUCAGAGAACACAUACAAAGGAGAAACCCUAUGAAUAUAUUGAGUGUGGGAAAUCCUUCUCUGAGAAAUCAGUCCUCACAGUACAUCAGAGAAUACACACAGGGGAAAAACCUUAUAAAUGUAAUGAAUGUGGAGUCCUCAUAUACAUCAGAGGGAACACAUACACAGGAAAAAACCUUAGUAAUGUAAUGAAUGUGGGAAAACCUUCUGUAUAA